AUGCCACCUGGCAACCUGUCCUUCGCAAAGCUGUGCAUCCCGAUAUCACCGCCUCAGCGGUUCGCUCAGUUUUCCGACCCAGAUCGGAUUCAGUCCGACGUCUCCAACGUUCCGUUCGAGAUCUUCGAGAAGGAUAGCAAACCUUAUAUUUGGAUCACUGAGAACACACCUCUGGUCGCCGGAAGGGGUGUCCUCCUUGAUUAUGACGAAUAUAGGAGAUCGUGCAGCCUUGAUCCUGGACUCAAUGAUCACCUCGAGUCCGCGGUGAUCACCGUCCCCGCGCAUUUCCACCUGUCCCAGAAGCAGGCGACUAAGGAUGCGGGAACCAUGGCGGGGCUGAAUGUGCUCCGCGUUUUCAACGAGACGAGUGCGUGCGCGAUUGGGUACAGCGUGGACUAUAGAAUUACUAGUGAGCGCCACAUUCUUAUCUUCGAUUUGGGCGGAGGGUCGCUGAGCGUGUCCCUCAUAACCGUCGAGGAAGGCGUCUUUUGGGUCAAUUCACACGCGGGCGAUGCGCACCAGGGCGGAGAGGACUUCGACGACCGUCUCGUCCAGCACUUCUCCGCCGAGUUCAAGCGCAGACACAAAGUGUAUCUGUCUGGAAACCCGCGUGCCAUCCGUCGUCUCCGCAUUGCCUGCGAACGCGCCAAGCGGACGCUCUCCUUCGCCAUGAAGACCACGGUGAUGGUCGACGGCCUCUAUGGCAGCAUCGACUUCGAGACGUCCCUCACCCGCGGGAGCUUCGAGGAGCUCUGUGAGGAUCACUUCCAUCGUACGCUCGACCCUAUCGACAGGGUGCUCCCCGACGCCAAGUUCAAUAAGUCACAAGUGUAUGAAGUCAUUCUCGUCGGCGGUUCGACUCGCAUCCCGCGUGUUCGCAGGCUCGUCUCGGAGUACUUCGACGGCAAGGAGCUCAACAGGUCUAUGAACACUGACGAGGCGGUCACACGUGGAGCUGCCAUUGAGGCCGUCAUCGUCUCCGGCGACACCUCAGAGGAGACGCAGGACGUGUUGCUUCUCGACGUCAUUCCCGUAUCGCUAGGGGUCGAGACCGCCGGGGGGGUCAUGACGCCGUUCAUCAAGCGCCAGACAACGUUCCCGACGAAAAAGGCGGAGAUCGUCACUACAUACUUCGACAAUCAACCCGGAGUGUCUAUACAGGUCUACGAGGGCGAACAUGCGAGGACCAAAGACAACAACCUCAGUGGGAGGCUCGUGCUCUCCGGCAUAGCUCCAGCUCCCCGUGGAGUCCCUCAAAUCAAGGUGCUGUUUGAAGUGGACCAGAAUGGUUUCCUGGUCGUCAGAGCCACCGAUAUGGGGUCGGGAAAGUCGAACGAAAUUUCUAUCCCGAGUGACAUGUGGACGUUAUCAAGGGAAGAGACGGACCGUAGCGCAGCGAUGAAGAAUCUUGAGGCGGAUGCAUCCAGCCUGGAGACAACCGUAGCGGAGCUUGAGCUGCAGAACGCACUCAGCCGAGCGACCUUGCUGCUGAAUGCUGACAACGACAUCUCCGCCGCGGUCUAUAGACGCCGCCAACAGGCGAUGCAAGUGGCGGCUGAGGCGGAAAUGCGAAAGCUCUCUGGUUCUGCUACCAGUCAGCAGGGAGAGCGAUCAGGACGGCGCGUGAGCGACGAGAAGUAG